AUGUCCGACCCAAGCGCCGAGCUCCAAUCCGCCCUUCGCAACCUAUCGAUUGGCGAAAAAGGGUCCAUUCCAGAAAUCGCCCGACCAACAAAGAAAACCGCAGGGCCCAGCACGAGAAAACCAGUCACCAAGAAGCGAAAACCAGUCGCAGACUCCUGGGAAGACGAGGCAGACUCAGACUCAGAAGCAGAGCCGGAAUCGGAACAAGACGUCCAACCCCGCCCCGAAGACGCCGCCCUCUCGCCAGCUCUCAGUGCAGGAGAGGGACCUCUCGACCCGCCUCCAACACCUAUAUCCCCGCAAACAUCCAAUCCAUGGGGUGCCCGUGCUAGAGCAUCAUCGCCCGCCUCGAAGGAUGGACCUGCUCGGCGGCCUGAGAAGCAGACUGCUGUUGCUUCGCGGUUGAUUGCUGGUGCGUUGGGGAUCCGGGCGCCGAAGAGGACAGAGGAGCAGAGAGCUUAUGAUCGGUCUGUUAAGGAGCAGGAGAUUCGUCGCCGGAAGAAGGAGAAGGAGGAGGAGGCUAGGGCCCAGGAGGAGAACGAGAAGGCGAAGAAUGCUGUGUGGGAUAAUUAG